AUGGGAAAUAGAAUCCAGGGAUUUCUUGCUGGUGUGGCAUUGACCUCCAGUAUAGUACUUGCGACCAGCGGACGUAUUCAGGCCACGCUGUUGACGGCCGCGGGAAUCAUCAGAGACACUGACUCUAUCAUCAACAACCGCAUUCUUACCGACAGAGACUCCCAAUUGGUGCCAUUGCCAGUCAAUAAGAGAGUGUCAGCAACAUAUAGACCAUCUGUUUGGGAGACCAGUAAGGAUAUUUGGAACGAAGAGAUCAUAAAGGUGGCCAACUGGUUGUACUCCAUCAACUGGUACCAGUGGGGGUUAGAGGCUGACCGUAAGAUCAAUACGUUGACAGAUAAAGUGGUGCAAAUGGCGGUGGAAAAAAAGAAUUAA